AUGUCGUUUCAGUAUGAACCCCAAGGAUGGCAGGCGCCGGUUCGGCAGGCCUCAUGGGAGCAGCCGCCCCCGCCGUCAAGAUCAGGCGCCAGUUCCACCUCACAGCGCGAAGAUGGCAAUGCUUUUGCCAUUCAGUUCGAAGAGGUGGAUCGAGCGAUGGAUAAUCUUGUCAAGAGUGGCAAAUUCUAUGGUGUUGGUGGACAACGAUCAAUGCCACCUGGCCCAAUGCGUCCGGGCGUGGAGUAUGGUCCCCGAAUGCACGGAGGCCGCCAUUCCGUCGGCGACUUUGACCCUUCGCGACCGCACCCCGGCUCGAAUCUUCAAAACUUCUAUGCCUCGCAAAGGCAUCAAGGCCGCCAUGGGGAUGGCGAGCAGAUGAUGCAAGCCAAAAGGAGGAUGGCGGCUCAGCGAGAGCGCGAGCUCCGUAACUAUCAUCAGGAGCAGCAAUACAACCGGAGUUUACUGGCCGAAAUGUCGUCUAACAAAUCCGAUCGGUCAAUGAGCCCCAGCACCUUGAGUGAGGAAGGCCGCCGGGAACUAAUUGCUCGUCAGCAUCGCGCGUUAUAUGGCGGUGAUCCCGCGGCUUUUGUAGGACAGGUCCCCUUUUCCACCGAGGACGUCACCAGCCGAGAUCAAGCUGGAGGGGUCUCUGGCACUGCGCCUGGCGCCCCCCGUGGUCCUUCACCCCGCACCUCUGAUCCUUUUGGCGGGCCGGGACAGACCUCGCAAGGUGAAUCCGGCCCUCAGAGUGCGUCUUCGGGUCAGGAAGCCGCUCGUGCUGAAAAGGCGACUUCUCCGUCAGCGCAAACGUCCUCAGGAUUCGGUACGUUUGAUGCUCCCAUUCAAGCUUCCGGAAAAGCGCCCACACCACCGACAGGGGAAGAGCCAUCGCACUCGCGGCAGAUCUCCAAGUCAACCACUGCGCCCGUCAGUGGCGGCAUGGGGCCAAUUGGCAGCCGUCCCAAUGUGCAACAGGCACCAAACCAGUCAAUCAACAAGCGCACGACCUCCCCUCUGCCUUCUUCUUUGGGAUACGGGUUCGGGUCUAAUGAACAAAAUGCUGAUCGAGCAGGGUCGGCCAACUCGAACUCGAAUGCGCAGAAAGAGUCGUCGAAUUCCGGAAUGGGUACUUGGGGCACAGGCAGCGGAGUCUGGGGAUCCAACAAAAUCGGUACGACCUCAGUGUGGGGUUGA